AUGCGAAUGAACAAUCAUUCCAGGAGAAUUAAUUAUACUAAAAAGGAUCUAUUCAGUAUUAGGAACAGUAACAUCUGUACUAUUGAGCACAAAUGCUCCCUCUCAGUCUGGAAUAGGAUCAGAUCAUUAGGUAUUCAGUCAAAGACAUCAACCCACAGAGGGAAAAGAGCUGGUACUCGUAAGCUGAAUUCUCACCCACAACGUACAAUUACAAGGAAUCAGCAUUUCCAGCUUGGUUGUUGGAAUGUACAUUUAAUUCAGAAUAAGGCUACACUAAUUUCUGACUAUAUUGUAGAACAUAAUAUUGAUGCACUUGCAAUCACAGAGUCAUGGCUGAAAGCCAGUGGCGAUGAACCAAUCAUUAAUGAAGUUACACCAGCUGGAUACACUUACCAUCAUUUUCCGCGUGUGAAAUCAACUGGUGGAGGGAUUGCAUUUAUAUUUAAGUCGAGUAUUACAGUCACCACCUGGAAGCCACUACAGAAUGUUACUACCUUUGAAGCUGUUGAAGCCACUCUGCGUUACCAUGGAAUUACUUUUAAAGUCAUUAUUGUGUAUCGUCCACCUCCCAACACGAAGAACAAAUUCACUGUCUCUAAAUUCUUCAAUGAAUUUGGAGAUCUUCUUGAAUCUUCAUCUACAUACACUGGCAAUUUAUCUAUUAUUGGGGAUUUCAAUUUUCACUGGGCAAAUGUAUCACCGGAUCCUAAUACUCGUAAAUUUCAAGAAUUACUGGACUCGUGUAAUUUAAAGCAGUGGGUGAACACUCCAACACACACUCAUGGUCACACAUUUGAUCUGGUCUUCACAAAUCCUGACCUGAUUCUCAAUGUCACUGUUGACACUGUUUAUAUUUCAGAUCAUUUCCCAAUCUAUAUACAAGUCUUACUACCUAAACCUCCAUUAGUUCAAAAGGAAAUUAAAUAUCGUCGCAUUGCAGAUAUUGUUGUGGAAGAUUUUGAAUGUGCCAUUAAGGAUGCUCUAAUCCCCAGCCAACCUUCAGCAGAUGUGAACCUGGCUGUUUUUCAUUACAACUCGUGCCUAAGGAAACUACUAAAUAAACAUGCACCGCAACGUAAACAACUUAUCACUGUGCGCCCUAAUGCAGAUUGGUAUACAACGGACAUAAUGGUAGCUAAGAAAACACGCAGAUUUCAUGAAAGGAAGUGGCGCACUACGAAACUGGAAAUUCACAAGCAAAUUUACCGUACCCAUUGUAGUAAAGUUCACAAGCUCAUUCAGAAUGCUAAAUCUAAGUACUAUUCAGAUAUAAUUGAAGUGAACGCUCACAAUCAAAAAGCACUAUUUCAGUUAUCAUCUAAUCUAACCACUGAUAAAACAUCACCACUGCCAACUCAUUCUUCACUCCAUCAACUCACAGAAUCAUUUAGUGAAUUUUUCACAAACAAAAUCACCAAUAUUCGGCAUGGUUUGGAUUUAGACGGACAGGGUGAUAAUAAUCGAGUCAUUUAUACUUCAAAUGCUACAUGUACAUCUGAACAACUUUCAAGUUUCCAGCCUACUACUACACAGGAACUCAAGAAAAUCAUUAAGGAAUCACCAUCUAAAUCAUGUUGCCUCGACCCAAUUCCCACAUAUUUAUUCAAGAAAGUUCAAUCACAGAUCAUACCCUGGGUCAUGUGUCUCAUCAACCUAUCUUUCCAACAAGGACUCGUACCAGCUAAUCUGAAGUUUGCAGUUGUCAUACCACUGCUUACAAAGAAAACACUUGAUCAGCAAAUACUCAAUAAUUACCGACCUAUCUCUAACCUCCCUUUCCUUUCAAAAGUUCUGGAAAAAGUCGUCGCCAGGAGACUAAAUGACUACCUUGCUAAGAACUCUCUUCUGGAACCUCUCCAGUCUGCAUACAGGAAAUUUCACAGCACUGAGACAGCACUCAUCAAGGUCCACAAUGACAUAUCAAUGUGUAUUGAUGCAGGACAAUAUGUUAUCCUUGUCCUCCUAGACCUGUCUGCUGCCUUUGACACGAUUGACCGUGACAUCCUUCUUGCAGGGCUGGCAGAUAUGGGCAUAUGUGAUCUUGCCUGGCAAUGGCUAGCUUCAUAUCUCACGAACAGACAUCAGUCAAUUGUCAUUAAUGGUCAUUCAUCUAAAGAAACAACCCUUCAUUAUGGAGUUCCCCAUAGAUCAGAACUCUGUCCCCUGUUAUUCUCAAUUUACAUCUCAUCACUUGGUCAAAUUAUUCGUCACCACAAUCUUCAUUUUCACCAAUACUCUGAUGACAAUCAACUUUACCUUUCUUUCACUAAAGAUAACAUUUCAGCUGCCACAUCGCAAAUUGAAAAUUGCCUAUCUAACAUCAAAGCUUAG